UGCAUCUAUGAUGAUCCAAUCUAAAUGUCCAUGUCCACGUGAACACCACAGGAUCCAAGUUUGAACAAAAAAUUUUGAACUAUAAAAGUGUCAUAAGCUUUAAAUUUGUUUUCUUUUAAAGCCCUUUUGAGGUGGUUUGUAUUGGGUGACACAACAAAACCUGUGAAAUGGCUUCAAAUAUUGGUCGUGGAUCAUGUGAAGUGCAUCAGAAACACCUCCACCUCCAUUAAACCAAACCCCUUUGGCCUUUUCUUUAUCAAAUAUAUAUAAUGACAUCCUCUGCUACCAGAUUUUCACUUGAGCUUCCUCUUUUGAAUUUUCUGGAACUUGGGUAGUUGGUAGAAGAAGAAGAAGAAGAAGAUUAAGAACAGAAAAUGAAGAAGAAGUUCAUCUCCCCCUUUGUAGCUUAUAUAGCACUUCUUCUUGCUGUCAUCCUCCUUUCCCUUCCUACUAUCAGUAGAAGUAUCCGAUUGACUAUGCCUGAGACUCCAGUGAGCUUCAAGAGUGAAGGAAGCACUGGUGGAAUGCCCAAGGAUGGGUUAAAGGAAGAACUUGGAAUGGAGAUGUUCCCGACGGGAGGAUCGAGCUUGCCGGACUGUUCGCACGCUUGUGGGCCAUGCAUUCCAUGCAAGAGGGUUAUGGUGAGCUUCAAGUGUUCCAUUGCAGAGUCUUGCCCCAUUGUCUACAGAUGUAUGUGCAAAGGGAAAUACUAUCAUGUUCCUUCAAACUGAUCUAUACACCAUGGGUUCCUGUUAUUAUCACUAUUUCAUGAAACAUUGGUUGGAGUUUUAACUGGGAAACAUUAGGCUUUAGGAGAAUUUUUAGCUAUGUAUAUAGUAGAAUGAGGGUAGAGUAAGUCA